AUGUCUUAUCAAAAAGUAAUUGCAAAAAUCAAUGAGUACACUUACAAGUGCACUGACUUCUAUGACUUUGCUGAACCUCAUGGGGUUUUUAAGAGAAAACUAAAUGUGGAUGUCACUCCUCAAUUAGAAGAAAUUAAUUUUUAUAAAGGUGGAAGAAUACCUGCAUACGAUUAUGUACCAGAGUCAUCUAAUCAACAGAAGUAUCUAGAACGGGAAAGAAAAAGAGGGAUCAGAAAUGAGACUCAACUUGAUGAAUUGUUUAACAACUUUAAACAAGGUCAUGUCUGUAUCGUGGGCCCCGCAGGAUCAGGAAAAUCCACACUCAUGAAAGCCACAUCAAGAAAUACCAUGCAUGGAAAAUAUUUCCAAGGAUCCAUCAAGAUGGUUUCAUAUAUAGAAUGCAGACAAUAUAAGAGAAACAGUAAAGUAACAGCAGAUGAACUAAUUUUCAACAACCUGUCAAAGGAAGAAAGAGGUCCAGCAAUUGAAUUUGCAAAAAUUCACCCAGAGGAAGUUUUGUUUUUGCUCGACUCUUUGGAUACUCUUCAAUAUACAGUUGAUAGAGUUUAUGAAGUCAUCAGUCUAGAUGAGCCUGCAUAUCCUGAAGUAAUAAUAUGGAAUUUUCUUUCUGGAAAAUUAUUUCCUGGGUGUCGCAUUAUAUCGGCCAGUCGUGAACAUUCCAUUAGAAAUUAUUGGGGAGAAGUCCGACCAGACAAGGUCAUUGCACUUGCUGGAUUAACAAUGGAGUCCAUCAAAAAAAUCAUUUCUGGAUAUGAAGGAGAUGAAGAGGCCGAGAAAAUAAUAGAAUUUCUCAAAAUCAAAGCUCCAUUACUCUUGUUUCUGUGCACCACACCUGUGAUGCUUGUUUACACAUUGAUAGCUUUGAAAUUCAAAUCUGCCUUCAAACCAAACACUAUGACUGGUAUUAUGAUUGUGGUCAUGAAAAGCAUCUUACAAUCAUCCCACACGCACCAAGAGAAUAUUUUGGAAGUUUUGGGAAAAUUAGAAGAACUAUCAUACAUUGGGACAGUAGAACGUCGAGUUCUAUUUACAGAAGAUGAUUUUCGCCAAGUUCAUCUAAAACCGGAGGAAGCAACUGAUCUAGCAAUCCUGGCUCCUGGAGGAAUAUAUCGUAAACUUUUUCAAGGAAUCCACAUUCUUUACUUCCAACAUCAAAGUAUUCAAGAAAUGCUCACAUCUUUCUAUAUUCUCCGACUGGAUUUAAAAUCGUUCAAGAAGUUCGUGGAUAAACAUCUUCACACCGGUCACUUUGUUUUUGUCAGAAGAAUGAUCUGUGGAUUUUUAUUGAAUCCCGCAGUUUAUGAUGAAAUAGCCGGAAAAUUACUUGAAGAAAUCAGGGAUCUUGAAGAAAAACGAGAUAUUCUCAAGAAAAGUCUGCAAUUACAACUCAAUAAAAUAUCAAAAUCAGACAUAUCCGAUCUUUUGGAACUUUUCACUGCAUUGAACGAAGCCAAGGAUGGAAUGGGUGACAUUGUCAAAUCAUAUCUUGAUGUAAUUGACAUGUAUGGCCAUCCUCUCCCCAUCAGUGAUCUUCAUGUCAUUGGAUCAGUAGCUUCCUACUGUACAUCACUAUCAAUGCAUUUCACAGAUUGUGAUCUCAGGCCAGCCUCACUUCAAACCCUGGCAUCUGAAUUGAAAGAAUCAAAUGUAAAGACCAUGCAAUUGUGGCUGGAUGGAAAUCCAAACAUGGGAGUUGAAGGUUUAUCAUCACUUGGACAAAUACUUUCCAAUCAAUCCUGUGUUGAAAGGUUGGUCCUUGGCAACUGUAACCUGUCGUCAGAUCAACUACAAGCUUUCAAAUCCUCAAUAGGCAAUAGAACAAAUAUCAUGAAUUUGUACCUGCAAGGAAACACAAACAUGGGAGUUGAAGGAUUAUCAUCAGUUGGACAAAUACUCUCCAAUCAAUGCUGUGUUAAAUGGUUGGGCCUUGACAACUGUAACCUGUCAUCAGAUCAACUACUGGCUUUCAAAUCAUCCUUGAGCAACACAGAGAUAGAGUAUUUGUUUAUGAAAGAAGAGCGUAUUGCAAACCAUGAAGAUAUUGUUGCAGUUGCAAAUCUGCUUCCUAAUGUUACAAAGAUGUUGGCAUUGGAUAGAUGGAAAAUAGCAAAUGAAGAUAAAGAAAUGUUACAGAAUCAAUUGAAUGAAAUUGGAUCAGAGAAACUAGAAAUUCAGUUGAAUUAUGUCACAAAACUCAAGAGUCAAAGAAAGUCAGCAAAUGCUACAACCAAUGUUUUUUCUAAACAACUUCCAACCACAACUUCAAAAGCUGAAUUUGGAUCACCAUAUGACAGUUUUGAGAAUACUGGAGAAAAUGUGGAGACUUUACAAGAAGUAGGAAGCCCCAGAAGUGAACUCUUGCUGCCUGAAGAAGAAGCAGAACAAACAGAUAAAGAAGUAACUGAACAACUUGCAAAGCCAACUCAGCAUACUUUGCAUCAAAUAGAAAAUGUUUCAUCUCAAAGAAGUGGAUCCGACAUUCUUUUCACUUGGGAUGCAGUAUCUGACAGAAACGUUCUAUACAACAUAGAAAUCUUCUGCGAUGAUGUAAAACUCGGAGAGACUCACACUACAGAGGUUCCUCAGUACAGAAUGAAAUCACCUACACUUGGUAAAACAUAUCGUUUCCAAGUCUGGGCCAAAGAUGCUCGGGGAAACUCUGGCAUAAAAACACCGUCGAACAAUGUUAUUAAAUUGGUAAACGUUGAAGUUGCCGGUGGCUGCAUGAGACUGAACGAAUGCAAAGUCACGUUUCCUAUUGGAACUUUCAACAAACAAACAAAGGUCUGGAUGUCGGUUGGAAUUGACAAUUCACUAUGCCCAGAAGAAUACAUUGGUAUCGCACCAGUUUUCGAUAUCAGUGCAGAUUCAGAAUUCCUCAAAGAUGCGAUUGUGCAAAUCCAGUCAUGGUGCAUCGGUCUAGAUAAAGACAAAAUUGACAUAUUACAUUUUUCAAGUAAAACUGACUGGGACAAUAUUAAUCCUGAUCGAAUCACAGAGGAUAACAGCAUAGAAUUUCGAUGCAGAAAGUUCAGCCGAGUUAUGGCCGCUAUCAGGUGGUUGAUAUUUGGAACACAGGAGCUUCUUAUGGAACAUCGUCUUUAUAUUUUGAACAAAAACCAAUUUUAUUUUGCAUUUUUCACAUGCUGUGAGACUGUUCGAAGCCAUGUCAUAUCUUACUUCCAAGAGUUGAGAGGGCAACUUGCUCCUAUCCCACUUCCCCAAGUCUUACUACGAACUGGAGACAGAGUUCGCAUAAAUCUCCAAAUUGAUCCUGAACAAGAAGACUUGCAUUUCAAUUAUCUUAAUGGCUAUACCUUCCGAGUAGACAAAACAUUUCUAGGAAAGCAAAGAAAUGAUUACAUGUUCCGUCUUCUCCCUGAAUUAGAAGAAUAUCCCAGGAGUAAAAUCAGAUAUGAGAUGAUUAAAUAUGGUAAUGACCAGGAGAUAUGCGACCGUGAUUUUGAUUUUCCAUUAGAACAAGUAGAUCAUCAACCAGUAAUUUACAACUUUUUUGGGGAUUCGGAACAAGUGCACAUAAUGGGACGAGGAAACGUACACACAAGUCAACAAGGAUUACAGCAGGGGCAAAAUCAACUGCUGUUCACAAUUGCUGUACUUCUGUUACUUGUUGCUAUUUUCCUCGCUUUUUUAGUGGGGUGGCCUGAUUCUACCAUGUAAUUUGUUUG